GAACACGAAACCACUGUGUCCUUGCUCAGGGCCGGUAUCACCAAGAAACAAGGUUUCCACUGUCCCACAGACACUUGCCAAGGCCCACCUUGCACUUCAGGUCCUCUCCAGACACAGCCAGCACCCGGGGGCAGAGCCUGGGACAAGCGAGCUCACUGCCAGGCACGCAGUGUUUCCGCGUCCAUGGGAACUGCAAGUCUUGGAGCCCCGGGGAACCCACUCCUGACUGGGCUGCCUGAGCACACGGAGAGGAGAACCUACCUGUCUGAUUCCAUAGUUGCACUGUGGACUCCCCAGGACCCUUGGCAUUUAAUCGGACCCACGUGGGAUAGGAAGAAAAAGAGUCUCGGCUGUGGGCAUUACAUGUUCCUGCUUCUGUGCGUUUACGUCAGCCUGGUGUAUCUCUUUUGAAGGAGUCUCAGUGUAUGGAGUAAUCGUGGGGGACAGUUUCACCUAUCGGAUGCCAAAUCUCCCCGUUGCUGUUCUUUAAAACACCUGCACGAAUGUCCUCAGUUUCCUAUCUCUUUGGGUUCCAGGAUGCUUGUGAAGGAAGAAUGAAAUGAACGACAAAGUCACGUUAACCAUCCCACAGAUGACAAUCAGGAAUCCUAGAAAAGAACACAAGAAAAAAAUAGUUUAAAAGUACUGGGAAGCAUCUCAAAGCCAGGAGAAGCCAAGAAGACUUAGCACUCCAGAAACAAUAGCCACAGGGGUAAGAGCUAAAACUUCCGGCUUUCUUACUGCACAGCACUCCCCAAGCUCCCCAGCUACUGUGGAGGAAAAUGACAGAUGGCCCUACUGCCUCAGCUGAAAUGACAGAGAAUAGAGUCUAGAUGUGGAGGUGCAGCUGCAAAAUUAAGGGGGACAAGGGGGCUUGGAAGCUAGAAGAACACAGAAGGCAUAGGACCAAAAAUAUUAUUGAAAAUGGAAGGCCAGUUGGUCCUUGUGUAUUGACGCUACCUCCAAGUUCACAGUCAAAUGAUGUUUUCGCACCGGCAUGACUGUUUUGAGCCCAGCAGAAAAAGUUAUCUACCUCAUAUUCUACCAUGCCAUCUUUGUGUUCUUUACCUGGACCUACUGGAAGUCUAUUUUUACACUCCCACAACAGCCAAACCAGAAGUUCCAUUUGUCCUAUACAGAUAAGGAGCGUUAUGAAAAUGAAGAGAGACCUGAAGUUCAGAAGCAGAUGCUCAUUGAUAUGGCCAAGAAGCUACCAGUUUACACAAGAACUGGGAAUGGAGCUGUACGAUUCUGUGACCGAUGCCAUUUGAUCAAGCCAGAUCGCUGCCAUCACUGCUCUGUCUGUGCCAUGUGUGUAUUAAAAAUGGACCAUCACUGCCCUUGGGUUAAUAACUGCAUUGGAUUUUCCAACUACAAAUUCUUCCUUCAGUUCUUAGCUUAUUCUGUUCUCUACUGCCUGUACAUUGCUACAACUGUCUUCAGCUAUUUCAUCAAAUACUGGAGAGUAAGUUUUAAAAUGCCGAAAUGUCUCACCCAGAAAAAACAGAUACCUACUCCUAUCUGUGACAUCAUUUUUUUUCUAUUUUGAAGUAACUAAUAUGGAAGUAACCAGCAGAGAAAACACCAAAAUCAAGUUUCCAUGUUAAAUUUUCUGAGGUUUAGGAGGCUGUUGUUUAAAGAUUCCAUCAUAUAUGAAAAUCAUGUUCAGGUCUUCAAGAACUUAACCUUGACUCUUCUUUGCAAUAUAAUUCUGUAGCCAAUUUAAAAAAAAAACACUUAUCACCAAUAAUAGAUUUGAAAAAUCUUGAAACUAAUUCUAAAUCCUUAGUUUCCUAAGGAGGAAAUGGACUAAAAAAAACACUCCCUCAUUGUUAGGAAAUGCUUUCUAAUUCCCAGUUCAAAGGAGAGUUGUAACAUUCCUGCUGGACAGAAAGAUUGAUUUAUCUUCACAUAUGACUGAAAUGAAAUGGGAAUCUUACUUGCACUUUGUAUGACAAGUACUGGGCUGGAAGUAGGAGAACUGAGUUCUAAUACUGGCUUUUUUACCUCCUUCACUGGCUUCAUUGCCAGCACCAAAUGAAACAGAUAUUGAUAGUACUUUUGCCUUUCAAACUGUGAUUCAAGUAAUUACAAUGAAAUUUUUUAAAAUCCUACUUUCACUUCUACUUGAAGAUAUCAAUAAUAUACCGUGUAUUUCUAAAAGAGUUGAAGGCAGAUUUUCAGCUUGUGUAUUUGUAAGGGUCAGGCAACAUUAUAAUGAAAUACUGGUGUUUUGUUUUUUUAAUUUCGUACCAGUGGACUCCAGUUCCUAUCUCUUCUCCACAACUCCUGUACAGUUACUGAAAAAUCAUGAUGAGGGUUGUCCAAACUGAAACUGAAAAGCAAAAGACAGUUGUGGGCAGAGCUACUAGUUAUUACUUGAGGAACUGCAUAAGAAUCUGUGUGCUAGCAAUAGCUCACCUCAAGUCACAAUGUAAAGUAGCAGAGAAAGAGCAUGAAUUCUGAUAUAUAGACUAUAAUAAGUUGGAGAAAAAGGAGAAAGCAAGGUAGUGAGAAUCUGAAUAUCUGAGAAUAUUUUAAUGAUUAAUUAGUGCAUUGAUCCCUACUAGUGUAAAAAGUAGUGUAGAAAAUUACAGUGAUAUGUGCUUUCCAUUCUCCCUUCAACUUGCUCCAUCAAUUCAGAUAUUUAAUAACUUUAAGAAUAAAGAAUUGUAU